AGGAGAAGAUGGCGGAGACACCGAGCGGCCCGCGGUUGCGCGGCGUCGCCCACCGCGUUCCACUUCGCGGGCUGCGAGGUUUAGCGAGCGCCGGGUCACUCGCGCCGCCCUGUUCCCCGCCCUUGCGCUUCGCCAUUUUUCCUCCGGGCCCACGAAGAGGGAUUGGUGGCGAUUUCUCCCUCCCCGCUCUCGGGUUUUUGGGGUGGGGGAGGCAGGGGUUCAAAGGGGAGCCGGGCCGGAGCGACCCUGCAGCCCGAGUUGGGGCACACGGCCCUCUCCCCGCGGGCCUUUGUGAGAAUGGAACAGCCCAGGGGCGGCGUAACCUGCAUCUGUGUUGAUCGCUACCCUCGAUUCUGUAAGGCUCAUCCGUCCUCGAGCAGUAAGACACCUUGAUGUGACAAGAAAUGGCGGAGUGAAGAGCGUUCACAUGGCAUCUCCUCCCUUUUACGCGAGAGGGCCCUGCACCAAUUACCGGUCCUCAGCUCUUCACCUGAAAUAGCAUAUUAUGCUUCUCAGCGAAGAGCAAAUCGCCAGGGUAUUAAGAUAGGGACAAAAUGAACAGGUGAAGGAAAGGGGACACUUCAGCUCAAGUUGGUUAACAACUAGUUAACAUUAGGAAAAUUUUUCUCCUAUCCUCACUGAUUUCUAUAUCUAGUAUGUUUUUAUGGAGAUGUGACCGAACAGUCCAAAAGGGAGUGUACCUAAUCUUAGAACUAUAACCGGAGCAGCUAUUCAGACCCUGUAGUAAUUCUUUUAAAAGAUUUUAUGGAGGUUCUGUCCCACCAUCUUUCCAUGCCAGGACCACCUUGCGGGUAUUGUUUACCUUUCUGCUGCUUGAACUUGAUGGUAUAGUUUCUGCCCACCUGUUUUACAGUGCUCCAUAGGAGCAGGUGAUCCUUCAGAGCUGUGGAGAUACUCUAUUAUCUUCCUUUUCCAUCUUUACUAUAAAACUUGGGUUUCUGCAGACUUGACUUUUCUCCUUGACCAUCCAGCAUCCAUUCCCACCCACCCCUCUUAACUACCAACAGGGAAACUUGCCAAAUCCAAAUUUUGUUUUGUUUUUCAGGUGGCAGCUAGAGAUUUUGAAUUCCAGAAGGAAAGCCCCAAGGAAUAUUUGCUACUGGUUUAAAACAAUCAUAGUAGGGGUGAACCUGUGUUUGAGUCCUUGCCAGUGAAAUGUGACCAGAAAUCUGCAGAGUGGAUCUUUUGGAAAGAAUUGCCCAUUACUAAAAAAGGGGGACAAAUUCAGUAGUCAUUACCCUUAACCCUUCUUUCUGUCUGAAACAUAGUUUUGAUUUACAAAGUAA